UCUAUCUGCAUCGACCUAAACUAUACUGCACACCUGUCAUUUUACCGGCUUGAUUAGUUAAAUUCUCUUAGUACACGCGCGUACAUUAGCAUUCGCCCGUCGAUAAAUUGUCGGUGAAAGUGCCAUGUUGCACGCGCGGUGAUCGCUUCGACUCACGCAGUCCCGGUCAGUUCCGUGCAUUCAAUAUGGCUGGUCGAGGUGGUUACGACGAUUCAAGAGAUUAUUCCAGUGGUCAUCGUAGUAGGAAACCAUUGCCGACAGAACCUCCGUAUACUGCAUAUGUGGGAAAUUUGCCAAAUGGAAUUGUGCAAGGUGACGUUGACAAAAUCUUUGAGAAGCUCAAUGUCAAAGUCAUCAGAUUGGUUAAAGAUAGAGACACUGACAAAUUCAAAGGCUUUUGUUAUGUCGAGUUUGAAGAAUUGGCUGAUUUGGAGGCAGCAUUGGAAAUGGACGGAGCGGUAGAAGUAGAUAAAUGCUUGAUCAAGAUUGAUGUAGCAGAAGGGAAGAGGAAUGAUCGUGGUGGUGGUUUUGAUAGGCGAGGUCGCGGUGGCAGCGGCGGUGCAAGCGGAUUUAAAGGACGAGAUUCUGGCCGUAGUGGAUACGGCGAUGACUUCGAUAGUAAAUCUACAUAUUCAAGAUACGAGAGAGGCCCACAAGGUGCUAGCAGGCAAGGUAGUGAUAGAUGGGAUGAAAGAUCUAGAAGUAAUAGAGGCAACUAUGGCCAAUUCAAUGAAGAAGCCGGUGGUAAUCGUGAUUGGUCACGAAGUACGUCUAGUAGAUCAUAUAGUAAUAAACCUCCACUUCGGGGAACUGGUGUUUCAGAUCGAAAACCUUUCCAAGAUGAUUCUUAUCCGAAAGAUGCACCUCCUCCAGAUACUUCUGGAAGAAAACGUUUAGAGCUAAAACCAAGGACGGUUAAGGAGCCCGUGAAUGCUAUGGCAGAAUCCAGUAAAACGAGUUCUAUUUAUGGAGGGGCAAAGCCUCGAGAAGAGAAAUUGAAAAUGAUGGAUAAGUAAAAUUUAACAAUAUCAUCAAUAGUGUUUUCCUAAAGAAUUUAGGGAAAGAAACAUUGUUGAUAAAAUUUUAAAAUUGAUCCAAGAUUCCCUUAUAGUUUCCUAAAAAUCUAGUGAUGAUUCUUCAGACAUUGCAAUCAGGAAAUCUUUUUUUUUUUUAACUUACAACAAAUAGUGUCACCCACAGGAAUGGAUGCUACAGACAUAAAUCUAUUACAAUUCUUCUAAGUUCUGCGCAUUUUUUAAUCAAGAAUAAACACCUUUCUUCUAAUGUCUUUCGUAUUUAACUUCUCGAUUCAAUGAAAAUAGAAUACUUGUAACUACGAUAUACAUAAAAAGUGUGUAUGCACAAUGCAUGCUCCAAUAGCGAUAGUGAUUUAUAUACAUAAACGAUGAUUGUUAAGAUGCUAUGCAGUUGAGUACAUUUUAAUACUCGUGUCAAUUUAAUGUUGGGUUUUGUGUCUGUAAUAAUAUUGAGGGUAUGUGUACAAACUAUCAAAUAUAAAAUGUCACGGCAUGUAUAUUUCAUCUUACGAGCUAGCAUUUUUUAUCUGACUUUAAAAAAGUACAAAGAAGAGCGAUCAUACCGAUUUCGUUUCCUUCCAUAGAAUUUUUACGUUUCACCGUACGAUUAUCGCUGAUCAUUGUGUAUGAGUCGUUUAUUAGGAGAUCAUAUGUUCAUUAUGAUAAUAGUAUAUAAUUAUUUAAUUAUUAAAUAAUUAUUUUUCUCAUCGACGCGAAUAAUGAAGGAUUGUGAAAUGUAACAUGCGAGUGGUUCAACACAAAUUUCUACAUUACUGGAAGUGAUACGAAGGGAAUACGCCGAUUAUUAUUAUUAUUAUACAUUAAUAAUUAUGUAAUGAAUUAAUCGUGCUAACAAUGACGUUUGAAAUGAACUGCGGAACGUCAUGGAAAUAGCAAAUAAAACGAAAACUUGGAAUAAUAAUAAAUAUUAUGUAAAACAAUGCUUGUAUAUGAUACUAUUUCCUGAAUAAAGUAGUUGUUUUGCCUCGUAUCUGUGCAGUGUAUUAGAAUAAAAUAAGCGAUGUGUCGAUUACAAUAAAAUAAGCAAAAAUGUA